AUGUGGCUGCUACCGUUCAACUUGAUAGCACUAUUACUCACGCAAUACAUCAAUGUGGCAUUUGCAAAUAACCAUUCUAUAGGCUAUUGCAACACCUUUGACAAUUGCGGUAAAAAGUCCAUUUUUGGAAAAGAACUUCCGUGCUCGAAUUAUACAAAGGCACAAACACCCGAUGCCGAAUCUCGAGAAAGACUCCAGAAAAUAUGUGGACAAGACUUUGAAUAUGUUUGCUGUUCCCCAGCUCAGAUAGAGUCAUUGGAGUCAAACUUGAAACGUGUCGAUGCAAUUAUUUCUUCGUGCCCUGCAUGUCACAAGAACUUUUACGACUUUUUUUGCCAAUUCAGUUGCUCUCCAAAUGAAUCGACAUUUGUUGAAAUUGUCAAAACUGAAAAUGCAAGGGAUACAGGGAAGGAGAUUGUUACCGAAAUCAACCAAUACGUUGACCCCAAAAUGGCUGAAAAGUUCUUUGACUCUUGCAAAAAUGUCAAGUUCUCUGCAACUAAUGGAUUUGCCAUGGACUUAAUUGGUGGUGGCGCCAAAAAUUAUUCCCAAUUUCUAAAAUUCUUGGGUGACGAAAAACCCUUGCUUGGUGGGUCACCUUAUCAAAUAAACUUUAAAUAUAAGCUUGAUGAAGAACAGAAAAGUGAUGGAUUGAUAUUGAGAAAAGAUGUGAUGUACAAUUGUGACGAUGAAAAGUACAAGUGCGCAUGCACGGAUUGUGAAGCCUCGUGUCCCAAACUUCCUCAUGCCAAAAACUUGCACAAAAGAUGCACUGUUGGCAUUAUACCCUGUUUUUCGUUUUCAGUUUUGACAGUGUUGGUGUGUCUAAUUGUGCUAUUGGGUGGGUAUCAUGUAUAUUUGGCCAAAGCAAAAAAAUUCAGACAAAGAAGUGGUUCAUACCACAGUCACGAUGAUGGCGACGAGGAAAUGAUUAGUCCAUUGGUAUAUGUCACAGUACGCAAACGCGUAGUGCGCCGUUUCCUGGAUAAAUUGAACUCGUAUAUUCAAAACUCGUUUGCAAAACUAGGAAGAUUCUGUUCUACAUUUCCUGGUAUAGUUAUUGGUUUCUCAUUGAUAAUAUCACUUGCAUUAUCUUUGGGUAUCUUUAAUCUUCAAUUGGAAACCAACCCAAUAAAUCUUUGGGUUAGCCCAAACGAGCCUGCAUACAUCAACCAACAAUAUUUUGAGAAAAACUUUGGUGAGUGGUUUAGAGUUGAACAAGUUAUUAUCAGUUCGAAAAAUGCAACCGAACCAAUUUUCAAUUGGCAAACAAUAUCUUGGUGGUUUGAACAAGAGCUGAAAUUAGAAAACUUGAACAAAGUUGUUUCGCUUUCAGACAUUUGCUUCAAACCAUUGGAUGAGACUUGCGCAAUUGAAUCAUUUACCCAGUACUUCCAUGGCGACAUCAAUGAAAUUAACGAGCAAAAUUGGAGAACAAAAUUACAAGAUUGCGCUAAUGCACCGGUAAAUUGUCUUCCUACAUUUCAACAACCAUUGAAGCCCCAACUAUUGUUUGAUAACAACGAUAUCUCCAAGGCUACUGCAUUCACAGUAACAAUAUUGAUCAAUAACAAUUCUACAGACACAAAGAUGACUAGAAAAUCAGAAGCUUAUGAACACUCAUUUCAAAAAUGGGCCCAAACACUUGUGGAAGAGGGAAAUAAAUUAAAUCUCAAUAUUGCCUAUAGUACAGAAGUAUCACUCACUGAAGAAUUGAACCAAUCUUCAAAUACCGAUGUUCGUAUUAUUGUCAUAUCAUACCUAGCAAUGUUUAUUUAUGCCUCGCUUGCACUUGGCGGUAAAUUACCCAAUGCAUCCAAAAUCUCCUUAGUCAAGACGAGAUUCACCUUGGGACUUUGCGGAAUUAUUAUAAUCUUGCUUUCAGUCACAGCAUCAGUUGGAUUAUUCUCUUUUAUUGGCCUUAGAUCGACCUUGAUUAUUGCCGAGGUGAUUCCGUUCUUGGUACUUGCAAUCGGAGUAGAUAAUAUAUUUCUUAUAGUACAUGAACUCCACAAAAUAAGCGAACACGAACCGGACUUGGAUAUUCCAAUUCGUAUAGCAUUUGCAAUGAGAAAUAUAGGACCGUCAUGCUUUAUUAGUGCUAUUUUGCAAAUCUCAAUGUUUUUGCUUGCAACUGCAGUAGAUAUGCCCGCAGUGAAGAAUUUUGCCAUCUAUAGUGCAGGUGCUGUAGCCAUAAACUUUAUUUUGCAGAUGACUUGUUUUGUUAGUUUAUUGGCAUUGGAUCAACAAAGAAUGGAGUCCAACAGAGUUGAUUGUGCACCAUGGAUUACAAUACCUGCAAUUAGGAUUCACGGUGGACAAGAUGAAGCAAGAGGAACAAGAAAUAGGGUGGCAGCGGAGAGAAUUGGGCAAGAAGAAGAGCAAGUUGAUGGGGAUUCCGAAGACUUUGUUGGUAAAACUGACAAACAUUUGGAGUAUAAUUUUUCUGGUUGGAUUAGUGACAGAUAUGCACCAUAUAUCUUGGGACGAACAACAAGACCAAAGAUUUUAACUUUUUUUAUACUUUGGCUAGGUAUAUCCCUAAGCCUAUUCCCUGGAGUGCAGUUUGGUCUUGAUCAAAGAAUUGCUUUACCGAGAGGUUCCUACCUUAUUGAUUACUUCAACUCCAUCUAUGACUACUUCAAUACGGGGCCACCCGUAUUCUUUGUUGUUAAGGAUCUUGAUGUUAGAACUAGAGAACAUCAAAAACAGCUUUGUGGUAAGUUUCCGGCUUGUAAUGAGUUUUCGCUAGCAAAUAUUUUGGAGCAAGAGUUUAAAAGACUGAAGAAAUCAAUGAUUGCAGAACCAACUAGUAAUUGGCUUGACGAUUUCUUCACUUGGUUAAAUCCAGACCUUGAUCAAUGUUGUAGAUUUAAGAAAUCGAGUCUUGUUUUUGAAAUGGAUUUGGGUACUGAUAAUGAUAUUGAUAUUGAGAUUGAUACGGAGAAGAAGCCCGAGUUUUGCACGCCAAAUGCUCCAGACCGUCAAUGUCAAACUUGUUAUGCCGGCCAUGUUCCAGCUUAUGGGCCUAGUAUGGAAGGAUUGCCUCAAGGUAAGGAUUUUAUGUUUUACUUUAAUCAGUGGAUACAAGAACCAAGCGAUCCAUGUCCCUUGGGAGGCAAGGCGCCAUACUCCAAUAGUAUUUCUCGUACAAAGGACAAGAUCAAUGCAAGUUACUUUAGAACCUCGCAUACACCAUUGCGAUCUCAAGAUGAUUUCAUUGCUGCUUAUAAGCAUUCUAUCCGCAUUGUUGAUGAAGUAAAAAAGUUUAUCCCCAGUUUGGACAUUUUUAGUUGGUCGCCUUUUUACGUUUACUUUGUACAAUAUGUCAAUAUUGUCAGUCUCACAUUUGGUCUUCUUACUGGAGCCAUUGGCAUUAUAUGGGCUGUGUGUACAGUUUUACUUGGGUCCAUCAGGUCUAGUACGGUAAUGACUAUAACCAUUGCUUCAAUAAUGAUCAAUAUGGGUGGUAUGAUGUCGCUUUGGGGUAUUUCGCUCAAUGCUGUUUCUUUGGUCAAUCUCGUCAUAUGCUGCGGUCUCGCCGUGGAGUUUACUAUCCAUAUAACUAGAGCGUAUACUGUUUCCAAAGUUUCGCUAUUCCAAGAUGAAUCUGAGGAGGCGAUGUACAAUAAUUUCAUAAACUACAAUAGUGUCAACUCCUCAUUGUCAUCUUCACUUCAAGAGCUUAACUCGCAACUCCGAUAUAGCAAGGCGUUCAAUGCAUUAGUGACCGUUGGUGGAUCAAUAAUUGGUGGAAUUACAAUUACCAAAUUGAUUGGAAUAACCAUAUUGGCAUUUACAAGGUCCAAGAUCUUCGAAGUGUACUAUUUCCGCAUGUGGUUUGCCUUGAUUGUCAUUGCCGCAGUACACUCGUUGGUAUUGUUGCCUAUUUUAUUGAGCUAUUUUGGGGACUUGAAUAAGCUGAACACUAUAGUGUACGAUGGUGGCCAAUUUAGUAGUGGAGUAGGAAUAGGAGGUGAAGAGUUUGCAAGGGACUUUGAGUCUGAAAGCAAUACCGACCUGUGA